UAAUUUUAAGAUAAAAAUAACUUUUAAAUAGAUGUACAUGUGUUAUUAUUUAUAAUAGUUGAUUAAUAAGCUAUAAUAGUUGCUAAGAAACGUGUUAAAUCCAUAUUUUCAGUUGCUGGCUAAAACGAUUCAGUGAUAUUAGGUACUGACGAAUUAUCAAUAUAAAAUUUUGGUAUCUUUUUAAUAAAUAAAAUUAUAUUCAUUUAUAUAUAUAUUCUAUAACAUUUCGAAUUUUGAAAUAUUUUUUUUGAUUGAAUAUUAUUAAAAAAAAGUAUCGGAAUGGUAAAUGAAACUAAAUUUUGGAAAGAAAUUCGAAAAGAUAUAUCAGAACGUAAAAAAAGAAAACCCAGAGUUGUUCCUGCUUUCACUAUUCAAGCUCUACAGGAAAAUACUGUAGUUGCAAAACCUCCUCGCUAUGAAUUAUAUAAACCUCAACCAGCCAAACCAUCAACUUUUCGGAAAUUUUAUGAAUGGAAUGUAUUUCCAAUUGCAUUGGAAAAAGAUUUGUAUGGUUUAAAACUUAAUUGGAAAGUGAACAUCGAAGAUUUAGAUUUCCAUCACUAUUUACCCUUAUUUUUUGAUGGCUUAACCGAAACUGAACAACCGCUUAAAUUCAUAGUAGAACAAGGAAUAUCUGAUAUGUUAGAACAUGGCGGACCUAAAAUUUUACCCGUUGUACCACAAUUAAUAAUUCCUAUUAAAAAAGCUUUAAAUACAAAAGUACCAGAAGUUUUAUGUACAACACUGAAAACUCUUCAAAAUCUUGUACGCUCGGCAGAUUGUGUUGGAGAAGCUUUAGUACCAUAUUUUAGACAAAUCUUACCAGUUCUUAAUUUAUUAAAAGAUAGGAACGUGAAUCUUGGAGAAGGUAUUGAUUAUGCACAACAGAAGGGUGAAAAUGUUGCAGAUAUAAUACAAGAAACUCUUGAAUUACUUGAAAUAUAUGGAGGUGAAGAUGCCUUUAUAAAUAUUAAGUAUAUGAUUCCUACAUAUGAAUCUUGCAUGAUGAAUUAAAUAGCUUUUUAUUUAUUCAUUAAU